UUGACAGAGAAAGACAGCUGACUGCUCACCAGCAAGAGCAGAGGGAAAGAGGGAAAAAAGCUUCUAAAAAAGGACAAAAAUCGGAGUGAGGAUGCUUCAGGAGCUGCUUCUGAUCUCACUGCUGGGUCUCAUAUGGACAACAGCAGCUGAACUACCCUGCAGUCAGAUGGACCCCUCUCACCCGCCUCCUGCCACCGUUAACAGUGUAAAGCCCGCUGAUGUGGCUAUGCUUUCCUCUAUUGGAUUUGACAUGCACAGCACUGAGCUGUCCAAAGUCACAUCAAGACUCAGAGAGCUGAUGACGCUGUUUAACCCUGAACUGAUCUCUCACCUCUCUGAUGAAACAAACUUGUUCAGCCCUGAGUUUCUCCAGCACAGCACACUGGUGGAGCAAGCAAAGGAAGUGUCUCGCUACGUACACAACAUGCAGAACAUUGAUGUAAAUCAAGACUGGAAGUUGGUGCUUCUCUUUGUGCAGAUGGACCAGCUGUGUGCCUGUGAGCAGCAAAAGUGUCAGACUGUUGUGAUUGUGCUGCAGGUCUCAGCUGUUAUCAGAUCAGUCACUGAAGAGGUGGAUGAUGCUCUGCAGCUGCUGCACGCUCAGCUGAAACGGACCAUUGUCAGUGUUGCAUUAUGGGAUGGAGAGCACGACAGUAUACAGAGCAAAAAGUGUCCAUGUGUGGAAAUGAACAGUGAAGGAGAACUCAGGAUUAUGAGGGCCAUGUUGACUCAAGCUCUGCAGGAAUCCUUGGAUGAGCUCAUGGUACAGAAGCAGUGGUACAGUGACAGAAACGACUUCACCGUCACCCUGCAGGACACUCCUUACAUCAAGCACCCUUCAUAUGUUGCUAGUGGGAAGCCUCUCUCUGAGUCGAAAGCAGCACAGCACACUGAUAAACUGAUGGUGCAGAUGUGGACAAACCUGCUGCAGCUCACAGUUGGCCAACAUAAAACAGAAGACAGUGAAAAUAUCUUCACAUUGCCAUGUCCAACUAAGGACCAGCCCUUCCUGAGGACGGAGGGAAACUCUCCUACAUAUCACCACAGCAGUGAUGCAUCUCUUCUCCUUCAGACAUCAACAGGGACAGAGAUGCCUUGUGAAGAUUUCAGCCCCUCAGCGUCCAUACCCACUUCAGUCCAUGAACUCAGGCCUGGAGACAUCAAAGUUGUGGCUGCUGUGGGAGAUUCUUUAACAGCAGGGAACGGAAUAGCAUCCAGCCAGAACAAUAUCCUGGAUGUCCUGCGUCAAUACAGAGGUUUAUCUUGGAGUAUUGGUGGAGAUGAAAACCUAACAACUGUCACCACUCUGCCCAACAUCUUGAAAUAUUUUAACCCCAACGUGACGGGCUACUCGGUUGGUACGGGCAGUCACCUCACUCCUGAAGCUUUCCUCAACCAGGCUGUAGCUGGAGCGAAAAGCAGGGAAGUACCAGCUCAAGUGCAAGCCCUGGUAGCAAGGAUGAAGAGUGAUUCUAGAAUUAACUUUGAAUUAGAUUGGAAGGUGAUCACCAUAUUUAUUGGUGGAAAUGACUUCUGUGACCAUUGCUACAACUCUCUGCUCUACUCUGUAGAAAAUUAUGUUCGAAACGUUCGUGAAAGCCUGGAUUAUCUUCACAAAGAGGUGCCUCGGGCUCUGGUGAACUUAGUAGAGCCUCUCCAUAUAAUACCACUAAGAGAAAUGCACAUGGACACGUCACUUAAAUGCCCAACUUGGCUGGUAGAUUAUAUGUGUCCCUGUGUUAUCUUCCCGAAGCCCAACUCUAAAGCUCUUCAACUGGUGGAGGACCUCAACAGAAACUAUCAGCGUGUACUGCAUGAGCUUGUGGAGUCAGGCCGGUAUGAUACUCAUUCAAACUUCACUGUGGUCAUCCAGCCUUUCUUCAGAGAAGUCCUUGUCCCUCGAAAGCCGGAUGGCCAUCCUGAUCGCUCCUACUUCAGCGCUGACUGCUUUCAUCUCAGCCAGAAGUCCCAGACCCUGAUGGCUCGCUCUCUUUGGAACAACAUGCUGGAACCUUUGGGCAAAAAGACUCACGUACAAGAUUUUAAUGAAUCUACUGACUUGAUAUGCCCAACCAAGACGUCACCUUAUAUUCGGACCUAUAACAACAGCAAUUACGUAUAUACUGGUCCCUCCCCAACACCUGGACCUAUUACAAACUGGGGAAGUGAUUUCUCAUGUGUGGACAUUACUCCAUCUGACACUAUACCAACUUCAGUUCACAAGCUAAGACCAGCUGACAUUAAGGUGGUGGCAGCACUGGGAGACUCUACAACAGCAGGCACUGGUGCUAAAGCAAAUAACAUACUGGAACUCAAUAGAGCUUAUAAAGGAGUGUCAUGGAGCAUUGGAGGGGACAUGUCGCUAGACACGGUCACAACACUACCAAACAUCUUAAGAAUGUUCAACCCCUCUCUAAAGGGUUUCUCCAAAAGUCAGGGACUAGGGCAGAAGGGCUUCAACAUGGCUGCAAGCGGAGCUAAGACCUCAGAGAUCCCAGCACAAGUCGAAGCUCUCAUCAAGGCCAUGAGAGAAAAUACGGAGGUGGAUUUUGAAAACGACUGGAAACUUGUGACACUAUUCAUAGGGGGAAAUGAUCUUUGCAAUUACUGCUUAGACCAAAACAACCUGUCACCCAAGAACUACAGCCACAAUCUCAUGCUCAGCUUGGACAUGCUUUACAAAGAGGUACCAAGAUUGUUGGUAAAUGUUGUGGAGAUUUUGCAGAUUGACGUGUUGAGAUCAGUCAAGAGGAACACACUAGCUUGUUCACUACUGCAAAGGACCAGCUGUCCAUGUGUUAUCAGCCCAUUUGACAACUCCCCAGAACUUGAGGACAUCAAGCUAAUCAAUCACAAGUACCAGACUGAGAUGCAGCAUCUCAUUUCUGGAGAUCGCUAUAAUGGAAAAGAAGACUUUGCUGUUGUGCUUCAACCUUUUUUACAGAAUUCCUUCAUCCCAUAUAUUGGAGAAGGUGAGGCUGACUCAAAUUUCUUCUCAAUCGACUGUUUCCACAUCAGUGAGCGGGCUCAUGCUGAGAUGGCCAUUGCUCUAUGGAAUAACAUGUUGGAGCCUGUUGGCAGUAAGCAGGGCUACAAUAAUUUCACAUAUGACCGCUCCAAGAUUCACUGUCCCUCUAAGACCAGUCCUUUCAUCUUCACUACGGUAAACAGUCUCCCAAGUCCACCACAGACCACCACCACUACUGGUCCUACCACCACCACCACCACUUGCAGUUCUGCACCAACCACUCUUAUGCCUGAGUGUCCCUCCUCCGUACCUGUGUGGGUGCCGGUUGUUGUGGGAAUUGCGAGUUUACUGAUUGGCAUCGCUGCUGCCUGGCUAUUUGUGUCCCGCACUGAGCACAAGAGAAUCAAAGACAAGAAAGGAGUAGAAAUGAAAGGAACUGAUUUUGUUAUCAGCAAUAUGAAGAAGUAUUAACACAGAAUAAAGCAAUUUUUAAACAUCGGAGGGCAGAAAGUAGCUGUAUUGGUGUGCCAUUGCCGACAAAGUCAUUCGGAUCUCGUUAUUUUGAUUGCAGUUUGACUAUUUUCAGCAGCUGCUUGUUGCAGUAAACAGCUGAUGUGUUAAGUCCCCAAUCAAUGAACUGAAAGCUGCAUACAGCUGAAUGAAAACAGAUCUUCCAUUGUUGUGGUGGCACUACUAAUGGCCUGUUAUAUGUCACAUAGAUUCAAGUUUAAUUUUAGUGUUAAAAUAAUGUUUUACAAAAAAUAUUUGUAAUUAUUUUGUACUACCAAGAAAUUGUGAAAUAUUCUAUAUGUAAUUGACUGAACUGUACAUUUUACUCAUUUUUAUUUAUUGAUGAAAUGAAAAGGCUACAAUA